AUGUCGAGUUCAAAGUUAAUAAAACCAAUUCGUCUUUUUUUUCUGACCUCUCCUAGAACAAUUACCACCGUAGAAGAGUCCCAAGCUAUAUUUUCAUUUUUUAACAGUAAAGGUGAAUUAAAUGAAUUUAAACUUCAUAGGGAACCAUAUGAUAAGAAAACCUGUAAAUAUGGUUGGGCUUCUUAUAGAGAUAAUGAAAUUGCUAAAAAUGAAAUUCGAAAACAAAUUCCACUAUCUCGAAGACAACCGAGAUUUAAUGGAUUUUAUAUUAAACGUGAUGAACCUUUGAUAUCCAAGAGAAUAACAACAGAACAGAGAACAGAUUCUUCUGAAAAGAUAAAUACAACAAUUAAUGAAUCAAUUAAAGAAUUUCCAAUUACAGAACCCAUUAAUAGUGUUAAUACAAAAACGACUUUUAAGACUAGUAAUUUGUUCGAAUCUAAAUUAAGAAGAAUCUUUGCCAUUCGUGAUAGUGUUGGUAAAGGUAAAAAUAAUUUCGAAGAUCAAAUCAAAUAG